AGUUCAGUCAUAUGAAAUAGUAAUUCAUUUAUGUAUUCAUUUUUGUUAUUCAUUCAGGCAGCUAUAUCUUUACCUUCUUUCCUUUCCUUGCUAGCAAUGCUGCAAGUUUUACAUUUAUGACACCUUUGUUUCGCUCUUUCCAUUCCAUGCUAUAUGCUGAAACUGUCGCUCGGCUUUACACCCACGGCUUUAUUGGACGGUACUAUGCGGUGUUAAUUGGUAUUCUGCGGAAGAAGUACGUACUGUGGACAGCUCAAAACAAUUUUAUGUGAAAUUUCAGUUUUACAAGGGAUUUGCGAGCUGGCUGGCGUCAUGACGUCGCUAUGGCGGGCUGUGACCUGCAGUGCUGCCAGGUCCUGGCCGUGCCAAGCGCAGCCAAGAUCACUGUGCACUUCGCCACUGGUGCAUGUCAAGAAAAUCGUCUGCGCGGAGGAGGACGGCAAUCUGACGAUAGAGGGGCGGAUCGAGCCGUCGCCCAGGGAAGGCCGUGUCGUUAGUGCCCACGCAGGCAUGUGCACCUGUUCUCUCUGUCAGCUCAACCUCAACAUCAAGCACACAGACGUGCUGAUCCUGAGCCAGUUCCUGCGCUCCGACGGCUGCAUGAUGCCACGGCGCGUGACCGGAGUCUGCCGACUGCAGCAGCGGCGCGUCCAGCAGCUGGUAGCCAUGGCGCAGAAGGCAGGUCUGAUGCCCAACCUGGCGCCGGCCUGGAGCAAGCGCGACCCCAAGCUGCGCUACGGCUACAGGAAAUUUAACAAGUACUUCGACGAGUCGACCAUCCGGGACGUGCGGCCGUUCGCCAACCUGGAGGCGCGGGGCGGGCCGCCGAGCGUGCAGUGACGCGGCGCGGCGCGGUGCGGCAGUGCGUGAGAGGAGUGUGGUGACGUGGUGGUGAGCCUGUACACAAUACACGGGGUGCUUGUGGCCCGGACAGUG